AGUUUCUCAUAGUAGGAAACAAAAAUGUGGAUUUUAUUCCAAUUAGCAGGUAUGUGCUCACGAUAUUUGUGUUAACACUUCAUUGAUUUCUAAUCGAAAAUGAUCAAUGAGUUGUUACAGUUGUAUCAUAUAUUUUUUUAUUUAGAUUUAGUUUUAGUCUUAACAUCUAGAUUGUGGUGAUCGUUUUGUGUAGGAUAUGAGGACAUAUGUAAUUGUGUUCAUACUUCUAUCUAUGAUGAUAAUGAUAGAUAGAUUGAUUAAUUGAUCCCCUUCCCCAGCCCUGACAGCAGUGGCUGCGACCCAGAGGGACUGUUCUCAGGGGGCCUGUUACCCCCCAAUGGGAGACCUGCUCCUGGGUAGGGACCGUCAGCUCCAUGCCUCCUCCACCUGCGGCCUCACCGGCUCUGAGGUCUUUUGCACCUACUUUGGACAGGUAAGACCCUACUCUUAUUGCUAUGAAAGACACCUGAGGCACUGUAAGAGAUGGGAGAAAAGUGGGGCAAUAGCUGUUAAUUGUCAUGAGUUGUUCACCAGGCUUUUAAUGUGUAACAUUUCAGGUUUGUAGAGCAGCUAUAACUAUGGAGUCAGACAUGAGAGAGAGACAGACAGGCAGACAGACACACACACGCACACACUGUCCAGAUUUAAGGUGCGUGACUGUUGCUCUCUGUGCUGACCAUGCACAGUAGGAGACCUGGGGGAAAGGGUGCACGGAUGGUAUGGGGAGAGGGAGAGGGUGGAUGGAUAGAGGGUCAGGGGAGAGCUGGUUGGUGUAAUUUGUGAAAUUGUCUGGAUCUGGUGCCAGAGACACACAGAUGCCAGAUGUUGCAACUACAGACUGCAGUCUGGGUUGCUAAGGUCCUGAAGAGAAAAACGUUGGAUGGGGAAUUAUUUGUUUGAUUUGAAAAGAAAGAAAAUCAAAUAUAAUGUGUUGACAGGGUAAAAAUACAUAAGGACAUUUAUUUUCUCAUAAUAUUUCAGUUAGUGAAUUACUGUAGGUUUACCACUGUAGGUUUAUUACUGUAGGUUUAUUACUGUAGGUUUAUUACUGUAGGUUUAUUACUGUAGGUUUAUCACUGUAGGUUUAUUACUGUAGGUUUAUUACUGUAGGUUUAUUACUGUAGGUUUAUCACUGUAGGUUUAUUACUGUAGGUUUAUUACUGUAGGUUUAUUACUGUAGAUUUAUUUAUGGGCCAAGUUUGAAACAUCCAUUUGUUUUCGACAAACUAGGAGGUAAAACCAGUUAAAAGGACAACAGAGGAAAAAAUAUUCUGAUUUAAUUUGUGGCGCUGCCUGUUUGAUUUACAGUCGAGCCUUUCAUCUGAGCCACACCCACCCUCUGGUGUUGCUGGGCAGGGCAGGUAUCAGUCACUCUGCUCUUAAAGCUCACAAUUACUAGUCUGUCUCUGCACGCACACACACACACACACACACACACACACACACACACACACACACCAGACUGUAGAUCUUUUUGCUGUCUGCUGGUUGUGGGUUCUGGCUUCAGUUUCUGAAACUUCAGCACUUUUGUGUUUUGAUAUUUACUCAAAGUGAUUGUGUUUCACUGGAUGAUUGUGCUGAUCACACAAAACGUGAAAGAUGUUUUUAAUGUUGGGCGUGUGAGGAGACGUGCCCCAGGCCAUAGAAACCUGUCUGGACUGUGGUUCUACUGUAACUGUAUGACUGUGUGUGUUGAAUCAUGUCCGAAGGGUGUGGUUGUGCAUUGACUAUCUCUCUGACACACUCUGUAUCACUCAGUACAGGUGAGAUAGCGUAGACCAGGGAUGGGCAACUCUGAUGGGGUGGGGGCCACAAAACAUCUGAACUCAUCAUGAGGGGCCUCAGUUGCUCGCAGGUCUGCAUAUUUUUUUUUGGGGGGGGGAAUCGAUCUAAAGGUCUUCAAAAGGGGGGCGGCCCAUGGGCCGCCAGUUGGCCAUCCCUGGUGAUGUGAUCUGUGGAAUGUCCUGACUGAAGAUGAGCUAAGUUGCAGACAGAUGGGGAGUUGGCCAGUACAGUUUGCCAGGGCUUUAUCACUCAGUGUCAAGGCAGUGGCACGUAUGCCAGUGACCCUUUAAUGGCUGGCCUCGAUGUCCGUGAUGCCCCUGCAGAGGGUACUGGAAGAUAGAGAGAGAGAGGGACAGAAGAGAGGGAAGGAGAGGGAUAGAAGAGAUAGAGAAAGAGGUAUAGAAGAGAGGGAUAGAGAGAGGGGUAGAAUAAAGGAUACAAUAGGAGAUAUAGAGAGAGGGGAUAGGAGCCUUGGCCUUCCUGUCCAGUGCUGACAGAUCUAUUCUGGAGUGUAUGUUUGGAUUUGGUUUGGCACAGUCAGACAGGCCAAAUCUCUCCGCUCUCUUGCCCAACACUCUCCUCUACCUUUCACCCGACCUUGGCACUGGUAGUUGCCAGAGAGUCGCCAAUAGCAACAAGCCAACAUGGCUCAAAGUGAUUUUACAUCAGGGUUUGGUAUGAACUAAUCAGAGAUGAGACAGGCAAGGCUGGUCCCAUUUUCCUCAGGGAUGUAGGGGAUCUUAGCCAAUAGCUGGCUUCGAGACCAGGUCGAGCAUAUUAACCAUAUCAGGUUCCACUCUGUGACCUAAUUUCAUACCAUGGCUUUUACUCAUACAUUUUCAGUUUACAUUUUUUUUUUUUCUUUAUAGAAUUAUCCAUUGUACCCUGUGUAGAACUGUGGAAAGGUACUACUUUUAGAGAGAUAUACAGCACAGGGGGUUGGUGGAACCUUAGUUGGGGAGAACGGGCUCUUGUUAAUGACUGGAGCAGAAUAGCUGGAAUGGUAUCAAAUACAUCAAACACAUGGUUUCCAGGUGUUUGAUACCAUUCCAUUAGCUCGGUUCCGGCCAUUAUUAUGAGCCGUUCUCCCCUCAGCAGCCUUCUACAGUAAGCGUAAUUCAAACAUUUAAAAUGGGGAAUCAAAUAUUGCCAUCAGUCCACCCACCAUGGAAUUCUGAUUCAAUUUAGACGGCUUUAUAAUAAAAAAGGUACCAAUAAAGUGCUACCAGAAGGAGGGUACCAUGAGUGGCCCAGGCCAGAACUCUCUCCCCGUGGUACCAUGGUCCAUGCCUCCGUGGCGUUAGUGUCUGUACUCUGGUCCAAAAAGCCGUCCAGUUGGCCAUACACUCACACUUUGAUACAGGCUGCUACAUUGGCAGACUAAUCUAUUCUGGUCAGAUUCCAGUGGUCUGGCAGAGUUUCUCCAUAUUGUCCUUAGCAGCCUUCAGCCCAAGGGGCACUGACUGGCUGGACACUGACCAGGUCCAGGGGGUCUUGUGCCUGAAGCAGACUACACCAAACUGUAUUUUAAAAAAAGGUUGCGUUUACACAGGAAACCCAAUUAUGUUUUUUUUCUGACUAAUUUGUCUUUUGAGCAAUCAGAUCAGGUCUUUUGCCAAUAAUUCGGCAAAAGAUCAGAAAUGGGCUGCCUGUGUAAAGCUAUAAAGCUAUAAGCCUAUAAAGCUAGAAGGAGACAUGCAUUUAUCUGAAUUCUCCAAUAUGUGGGAUUGUUAAGAUGAGGAAAAAGUUGACAAUAAUUAUAAUUUGUGUUCCAUCUGAUGCUGCUGGUUGUGUUCUGACAAAUUGGGAAGUUGUUUCUGUAGUUAAUGAAUAGCCAGAAUGCUGUUCCCUACCAACGAUACAUUCACUCAAAGUCUUAGAAAGCCACUCAAACAGUGAACAGUGCUGUCCUGUCAGCAUCUCUGUCUCUGGGUCAAUCUCUGAGUACUGACCACUGGUCCAGAAAUAGACACACUGACAGACCAGGGUCAGGGCUGAUGCCAGAGCAUAUGGGUUGUUCCACGAAAUGAGGCCCUUUGAUAUUUUAUUGUGCACCAAUAUUGCAUUUGAAAAGCCUAUUAUAUUCUAUGAAGUGCCCUUUAAUGUAGACCACAUGGACAAUUCAAUCAAUCAGAUUUUUAAUAUGAAUAAAGACUUGAUAAAGUGUCCCUGUCACGAUCGUUAGAGUGAGUGGACCAAGGCGCAGCGUGAUGAGCGAACAUACUUAUAUUUAUUAAAUGAAAACACGAUAAACAACAAACGAUAACGAAACGUGACGUCCUUGGCUACAACAUAAACCAUACAGAACAAACCAAAUGGAACAAGAUCCCACAACUAUUGUGGGAAAACAGCCUGUAUAAAUAUGGCUCCCAAUCAGAGACAACCAGCAACAGCUGACACUCGUUGCCUCUGAUUGGGAACCACUCUGGCCAACACAGAAAUACAAAACUAGAAUCCCGACAUAGAACAACAACACAUAGAAUAUACACACCCUGGCUCAACAUAUAGAGUCCCAGAGCCAGGGUGUGACAGUCCCUCCGUGCGCCCUCUGUGAUUGACAGGAAGAUUUGAGCCCACUUUAACCCGAACAAGUUUUCACCAUGAUUGUAAAGCCCUGGUUAUUUUCUUGCUUUGACAAAGUCAUUUCUGAAGAUUAUUAUUUAUUUAAUGUGAUUAGUGAUUCAUUUUAAGGUAAAAAACAACAACUUGUCCCUCAUUUUAAGAUCAACCCUGUUAUGUGAUCUGAACUCUCGUUUUAAUAUGGUGAAACUAUUCCUUUUUAAAUAUGUUUUUCAAAAGAAACAUUGAACAUCUAAUAGUCAAAACAUAGUGUAAACGCAGGUGAGCUAGUUCUACUCUUUUGGGCCAUUUUCUGGUGUUUUGUGGUGGAAAACUGAGUGGGUUGAGUAUAACACUUCAACCCUGUAACCAAUAGAUAGACAGGCUAGAAAUGUUUGAAGCUUGCAUGCAAUUGCCCCUCCCUGUUGUACACAACAAACUUUAAUUCCCCCUGUCACGAGGAGAUUUAUGGCUGAUUUAAUAUGAAAUCAUCAACCCUGUUACAGUUUUAAAACCUCUUGAGAUGGGAAAACAUGUUUUUUACUAAGCUGAACAUGUGCUCUUUAUGACAAAAUGUUAAAAUGAGGUAAUAUCAAAAGCUUUUGUUCCACCAAGUUACAUAUCUCAAAAGGGUACGAAUUGGUGGAAUGACCCAUAUCUAUUUAGAUAACACAGUGGUUCUGAUGGCCGGAGUUGUUGGUUUGAAUGUGGAAUUGUUUUUUGCAUGGGAUAUACAGUGCAAUGGCCAUCUCAGUCUCCGGACUUGAAACCAGAGUAUGUGAGCGGAGUUGAGCGGACGAAAAUCCCGCUCAUCAGUGCUUGCACACGCUCCUGUGCUCCAAGUCCUUUCCAUUCGAUCCAUUCAUCACAAUUUAACCAACACCCACCAAUUUUUGCGACUAAUUGGACCUACCAUUUGGUUUUUAAGUAUUUAAAUCAAAUCAUAUGAUUUGAAUGAAAAAUAUUAUAAUAAACAUGAAUAGGUGAAAGUAAGAAGCGCUCAUCAUUUCAAAUAGGCUGCAUGUCAUAUUAAACAACAUAUAAACAAUCUAAAUAGGUCAGGAACUGAAAUGAAUUAUUUAGGCUACAUUAUUUCAAUUAUUUCAAGGCUAUAGCCUACAAAGAAAUACAUUUUGAAGCAUUUGCGAGUGCGACAUACUAGGCUGGUAGGGAGUCAGCGAAAUGUAAGUGCUCAGCAUUUAAACAACAUUUUGCUGUAUUAAAAUAACCCAGUGGAAAUUCAAUUAACAUUAUAAAAAAAUCCCCAUCAAAGUCCGCCUGUUUUUGCAUGGGCUGUGUCUCAAUCCACCACUUCCGCCAAUAUCACCCUUCCUCUUUCCACAUCUGCGGUGAAAGGUGACAUAGCUAGAGCGAUGUAUGUCAGACCAUGAGACAUCCCGAAAAUCGGUCUUCUCACCAAAACGUCUGUAGCGUCCGAACGGUUUAGGCUAAUAUGACCCCUCUGUGGAAAGCUGAGACUCUCAAGACUCUCAAUAUUCAGUGAACUCCAUCACAGUAGCUAAAGCAAGGGGCUAUAGCAGCACACAAGUAGACUAAAAAAUGAAUGCUGGGCCGGGCAUGCCCUGAGCUCGUAAAGUGAGUGCUACUGGAGCGCUAUUGGAGCGAAAAUGGAGCGGGCGAGAAGGCCGACAAGUCUUUGGGAAUCUCGCUCCGUGCUCCAGUCAAAUUGGGCACGCUCCGCUCCACGCUCUGUUUACAUACUCUGCUUGAAACCCAUUGAAAACCUGUGAUUUGAAUUGAAGAGGGCAGUUCAUAAGCACAGACAAAGGAUAUCAAGGACCUGGAAGGAUUUUGUAUGGAGGAAUGGUCUAAGAUCUCUCCCAAAAUGUUUAUCCUCAGAAGGUGAGGAAUUGAAAGGUAUUGAAAACAAGGGUGUCAAUAAUGUUGACCCCUACCUUUUUGAGAUUUUUUGUAUUACUUGUUAAACUAAAUAUAUUUCUCUGAGCAAUUGUAUUAGUAAAAAAUAAUAUAAUUUCAAUUUUUUUUGCAUACAAUAUAGAUGAGUAUUUUAAUUACUUGUUAUAUACAUUCAUUUUUGCUCAUCUUUAUCGAGGGUGUCAAUCAUUUCCGACCCACUGUUGAAUUAUGAACUUUGCCAUUGUGUCAGGGUUGACGGAAAUGGCAUGCCUGCAUCUCCCCAUACAGUACAGGAGAAUAUAUUUCCCUCUUUACCAGGCCAUUGGUUAGGGUACAAUUCACAGGGACUUUACCAGAAGACAUGAAUAAUAUUAUCACAUCAUUACCAUCCAAUUGACAUUACAUUAUAACGUUGUUAUACAACAUGGACAAUACUUCACACAUUAGUGGACAUAUUUCUGUCUAUACCAGUGUAUUAAUAAUGUAUUUAUACACUGAAUCUGCAGUAAAUGUAUGUGAUUGUGUGUGUGUGUGUGUGUGUGUGUGUGUGUGUGUGUGUGUGUGUGUGUGUGUGUGUGUGUGUGUGUGUGUGUGUGUGUGUGUGGGCGCAUGUGUGCACACGUCUAACAGUUGCCAGAUUUUGGUUUGUUUGACGAAAUCAGCAGCUUGCCUGUUGACUUGUGAAAUCGUGGUUUGGAGGGAGAGGGGGGGGGAUCAGCAGAAGGAGAUAGAAAGAGAGAGAGAGAAAGAGAGCAAGAAAGACAAUGUUUCAUCCAAUAAUUGUUUUUAUAUUUUCUUUUGAUACAUUAUGGGGUCUUAAAAUUCUAAAUCAAAUAGCUAAAUAAUCCUUGGUAUGACCAUCUUAAAACAAUUCCAUAUGUUAACUUAGAACCCCCUCCAUCUCCCCCCGCUUAGACAGGGCUUUGACUCUAAAGGGUUUUAAACAACAUCUUGUUGUAUUAAAUUAUUAUAGUCUAUAUAUUGCAGAUAUAGGCUGUGACUUACUUAGAAUUAAAUACAAAUUAAAUGAAAAGUGUCUUAUUAGGCUCAGUGCCUUUAAAUUAAUUUUUAGAAACACCAGUUUGACCAGAGUCUGUGGCUUCAGGCUCAUGCGAUGGUGCCUGGAGAGGGAAAACAGGAGUAAUAAAAAGAGAGCGAGCAAGCUGACUGGGCGAUAGCUGGUGUUGAAACGUCCAGUGCAGAGAGACCUUUCCCCCAGUGUGGUACAAAGCCAUGGCCUCUGUUGUGACAGACUAGAGAGCCCAGCCAGCCUGACUCAGGCCAAGUAACUGCUCCAGCCCCAGUCCCAACCCGCUGCAGGCCAGGGCAAGCUGAGGUGGAGGUGAAGGGUAGUGGACACAAGGGGGUUGGAGGGAAGGGCAAUUGGAGGUAUAGGUAGUGGGGUUGGAGGGAAGUGCAAUUGGAGGUAUAGGUAGUGGGGUUGGAGGGAAGGGCAAUUGGAGGUAUAGGUAGUGGGGUUGGAGGUAUAGGUAGUGGGGUUGGAGGUAUAGGUAGUGGGGUUGGAGGUGAUUGUUGUAGUGGAGAGGGGGAGGAGUUGCUGUUCUAUAUUUUUUUUAAAUAGGUGAUUUUUUGAUUGCGAGGGGUGGUAGAAGGAUGUUGGCGGUCAGGGAACCCACAUGAAAAAUUACUACAGUUAACUAUAGAAUACUACAUUACUUAUUAUAGAAUUGAAUAGUAAACUGAAGUAUACUGUAGAAUACUAUAUUACACACUGUAGUAUCCCUGGUUCAUGUGUAGUACUUAUUAUAGAAUGUUGUAAUAUACUGUAAAAUACUAUAGUAAAUACGAAAGUAUUAUAAAAAAUAAAAAAAAUCAGCAAAAACACUACAGUCUGCAAAAACACUACACUUGUUUUACUAUAGUAAAUACUACAGUAUCUUAUUUGCAUAUACCCUGCCCAUUACUCUCCCCAAUAUCGCAAUAUGUGCCAGGUAUAAGUGAGAAACCUACAGGUUAUAGAAAAGAGCAGAAGCGCUGAACUAGCCGUUCAGACCCCAGUCCUACCUACAGGUUAUGGAACAUUUGCUCUUUUAGUUUUUCUCCAGUAGGUUUCCUAAAGGAGAAAGCCUCCACUUCUAUGUCAAAGAUAAUAAAACAAAAACACUACAGUAAAUACUACAGUAUACUACAGUCUGCAAAAACACUACAUUAAUUACUAUAGUAUAUACUACAGUUUUCUUUUACUACAAUAUUUAUACUUUAGUUAACUGUAAAUACUACAGUGUAAUACAGUAUACUACAGUAAAUACUACAGUAUUCACUGUAGUGUUUUUGCGGUCUUUAGUCCUGUGUGUGGACCAAGUGAUCUUGGGUCACAUAAUGCACGUAGAAAAACCACUUCACUAGUGUUACGCAAGAGCCUUCCCAUCAGUGUUGUAUUGAUUUGAGAUAUCAUGGCUUUACCUCAGUGUUAUCUAUGGUGUCUGUGGGAAGAUCCACAUGAACAUUUACUUGCACAUUGGUCGUUUUGAGUGGUUCCAUUGUGUUGGAGGACGAACUGAUACCUUGUUCUGUCUUGUUGCUCUGUGAUUGCUCUCACGUUCCCUCAGUCCAUAUUGUCUGAUAAACUAGGAUUUCUUGUCAAAGUAAAGGCACUUAAACCUCCCACGACUAGUGUACUGUUUGAAUGUGUGCUGACCAAUGACUCACGUUCUCUACAAAGAGGUCAUGGGACACACACGCACGCAUGCAUGCACAAACACAAACACACACUGUGUGUGUAUACUGUUACAGUUCUGGGUUACGUUGCAGAGCAGAGCACAGCAUGAAUGCCCAGGACUCCAUUAAUGAUAAACCAAUCUAAUCUGGUUUAGAUGUGUUUAAAUAUCUAGAGCACACACAUAUUUUUUUAAUCCCCCCUACGCUCUAAAAAUCAAACAUGCUUUAUUUGCAUGACCUUAUAUACAGUAAAUUAUGCUAAGUAGUAUUAACUCUCUCUCUCUCUCUCUCUCAGUGGAGGAUGAAGUGCUGUCCCUGUGACUCCAGGAACCCAUCCAGUCAGUUAGCUCACACCAUCCAGAACGUUCUAUCCACCGCUGGACCCAACAGGUGGUGGCAGGCCAGGAAAGGUGAGGGGAUUACAGAGCUAUAGGACACAUGAUGUGAGUGACCCAUCCUAAAGCUUUCUUAUUGUGACCCACCAAAUAAACAAAACCUAUGGUUCUUUAGAUGUGAGUCAGGUCACCCUACAAUUGGACCUACAGAACCUGUUUCAGCUGGACACCCUCAUUCUGACAUUCAAGGUAAGACCCAGCCCCCAGAGCAGCAUGGUCAGGGCUUUUCCAAUGUGUAAGGGCAAAAUUGUAUUUUUAAAUUUUAGUCAUUUAGCAGACACUCUUAUCCAGAGCGACUUACAGUUAGUGAGUGCAUACAUUUUUCAUACUGGCCCCCUGUGGGAAUUGAACCCACAACCCUUGCAUUGCAAGCGCCAUGCUCUACCAACUGAGCUACAGGAGGGCCUGUAGUAGAAUUUGAUGGACUGAUUUUCUGGUUGCCUCUACACACAGGGUCCUCGUGCCAGUGCGUUGGUGGUGGAGAGGACGCUGAAUAAUGGUCAAACCUGGCAACCGUCUCUCUACAUGGCCUCAGACUGCCGCUCGGCCUUCUCUGGUGUUGCCUUGACUACACCACGCUCCCUGGACCAGACCUACUGCUACACCCUUCCCCCCAUCCCGGCUAACACUUACCAGGACCAGACAGUAAGGGAAUAGUCUCCAUAGCAGAUAAUGGCUGGAACGGAGCGAAUGGAAUGGCAUCAAACACAUGGAAACCAUUCCACCUAUUCCACUCCAACCAUUACCACGAGCCCGUCCUCCCCAAUUAAGGUGCCACCAACCUCCUGUGCUCCCUAGGCAGACAGUUGCCUCCUACAAUUUAGGGUCGGGUUUACGAGAUAACGGGGUAACAACGUUGGAAGCUGGAGGAAAAUCACAUGAUAUUUUGUGGUAUCCAGAGAUUAAAUGUUCUGCUGUUCCCCUUUUAGAUUUUUUUUCCUUUGCAUUACACAGAUUAAAUUCAGCCCCUUGCAUCAGUUCUCUACCAUCAGCGUCCCCAAUGGGCAGAAGAUUCAAGGUAAGAUAAAAAUAAUCAACCAUACCCACUUACCCAUCCAUAACAUUCACCCAUUGUUACUAUGGACAAUACAAUGUCCUUAUACAUUACCUUUUAGCCAUUUAGCAGGUGCUCUCCUACAGAGCCACUUACACCUUUCUUGAUUGACACAUUCCUGAUCCAAUGAGGUGCUUUGCCCAGUGAUUGACAGCUCUCUCUUGGUCCACAGAGGUGUCAGGAUUGACAGGCCUGCGGGUGAGGUUGACCGAGCUGGGUACUGUGCCCCGCUUGCCCGGCCGCGCCCCCUCUCUGUUCUAUGCCCUCAGAGAGAUGAGAGUAAUGGGCACCUGCCUCUGCCACGGUCAUGCCAACCGCUGUUUGCCGGAUUCUACUACCAACCAGCUACCUAGCACACAGGUAUGAUACCACUGUCAACCUCCUAACACACAGGUAUAGUAUACCUAACACAUAUAACACACAGCUGCAGGCCAACCGCUGUCUGCCUGAGACUAUUACCAACCGCCUAUACCCAACCAGAGUUUUUGAGCGAAGCAGAGCGUGGAGCUGAGCAUGCCCAGUUUGACUGGAGCGCGGAGCGAGAUUCCUAAAGGCCUUCUUGCCUGCUCCAAUUUCACUCACUUCAUGAGCUCAGGGCAUGCCCGGCCCAGCAUGCACCUACCUAUAUACACUACCGGUCAAAAGUUUUAGAACACCUACUCAUUCAAAGAUUUUUCUUUAUUUGUACUAUUUUCUACAUUGUAGAAUAAUAGUGAAGACAUAAAAACUAUGAAAUAACACAUAUGGAAUCAUGUAGUAACCAAAAAAGUGUUAAACAAAUCAAAAUAUAUUUUAUAUUUGAGAUUCUUCAAAUAGCCACCCUUUGCUUAGAUGACAGCUUUGCACACUCUUGUCAUUCUCUCAACCAGCUUCAUGAGGUAGUCACCUGGAAUGCAUUUCAAUUAACAGGUGUGCCUUCUUAAAAGUUAAUUUGUGGAAUUUCUUUCCUUCUUAAUGCGUUUGAGCCAAUCAGUUGUGUGAAUCAGGCCUUCAUGGUCGAUUUUACUGCAAAGAAACCACUACUAAAGGACACCAAUAAGAAGAAGAGACUUGUUUGGGCCAAGAAACACGAGCAAUGGACAGUAGACCGGUGGAAAUUUGUCCCUUGGUCUGGAGUCCAAAUUGGGACAAUGAUCCAACACACCUCCAGGCUGUGUAAGGGCUAUUUUACCAAGAAGGAGAGUGAUGGAGUGCUGCAUCAAAUGACUUGGCCUCCACAAUCCCAAGACCUCAACCACAUUGAGAUGGUUUGGGAUGAGUUGGACUGCAGAGUGAAGGAAAAGCAGCCAACAGGUGCUCAGCAUAUGUGGGAACUCCUUCAAGACUGUUGGAAAAGCAUUCCAGGUGAAGCUGGUUGAGAGAAUGCCAAGAGUGUGCAUAGCUGUCAUCAAGGCAAAGGGUGGCUAUUUGAAGAAUCUCAAUUAUAAAAUAUAUUUUGAUUUGUUUAACACUUUUUUGGUUACUACAUGAUUCCAUAUGUGUUAUUUUAUAGUUUUUAUGUCUUCGCUAUUAUUCUACAAUGUAGAAAAUAGUACAAAUAAAGAAAAACCCUUGAAUGAGCAGGUGUUCUUUUGACCGGUAGUGUAGAUCUGUAAAACUCUGCAUCCCUGCCCGGCCUGGCAAGAGUGGCCAAAAGGGUGUUUAGCAUCCCCAGUGGCUCUGCAAGCGCGGAGAGGAUAUUCUCCGCUGCUGGCCUGCUCUCCAGGCACCAUCGCAUGAGCCUGAAGCCACAGACUCUGGUGUUUCUAAAAAUGAAUUCAAAGGCACUGUAGACUGAGCCUAAUAAGGCAUUUUUCGUUUAAUUUGCAUUUAAUUCUAAGUAAGUCACAGCCUAUAUGCACAAUUUAUAGACUAUAAUGAUUUAAUACAACUAAAUGUUUAAAUGCUGAGCGCUAUAAUAUUCCUGACUCCCUACCAGCCUAGUUUGUCGCACUCACAAAUAUUUCACAAUGUAUUUCUUUGUAGGCUAUAGCCUUGAAAUAAUUGAAAUAAUAUAGCCUAAGUAAUUCAUUUCUGUUCCAUCUUAGGCUCCUGACCUAUUUAGAGUGUUUAUAUGCUGUUUGUAUUUGUAUUUAUUAUUUGUAUUUAUUAUGGAUCCCCUUGGCAGCAGCUACUCGUCAUGGGGUCCAGCAUAAAUUAAGGCAGUAAUAUACAUUAUAAUACACAUUUUAAACUUUAAAAUACAUUUUACAACAGAUUUCACAUUACAUUAAGUGUGUGCCCUCAGGCCACUACUCUACUACAACAAGAAAUCCAGAUGUACAUGUGUGUAUAGUGUGUAUGUUAUGUGUGUUUGUAUGUGUGUUUGUGACUCUUCACAGUCCUUGUAUUUCUAUCUGUUUUUUAAAAUCAAAUUUUACUGCUUGCGUGAGUUACUUGUGGAAUAGAGUUCCAGGUUGUCAUGGCUCUAUGUAGUACUGUGCGCAUCCCAUAGUCUGUUCUGGGGACUGUGAAGAGACCUCUGGUGGCAUGUCUUGUGGGGUAUGCAUGGGUGUCCGAGCUGUGUGCGAGUAGGUUAAACAGACAGCUUGGUGCAGUCAACAUGUCAAUACUUCGUACAAAAACAAGUAGUGAUGAAGUCAAUCUCUCCUCUACUUUGAGCCAUGAGAGAUUGACAUGUAUAUUAUUAAUGUUAGCUCUACGUGUACAUUUAAGGGCCAGCCGUGCUGCCCUGUUCUGGGCCAGUUGUAAUUUUCACAAGUCCCUCUUUGUGGUACCUGACCACAAGAUUGGGCAGUAGUCCAGGUGCGACAGAACUAGGGCCUGUAGGACCUGUCUUGUUGAUAUUGUUGUGAAGAAGGCAGAGCAGCGCUUUAUUAUGGACUCUCCCCAUCUUAGCUACUGUUGCACCAAUAUGUUUUGACCAUAACAGUUACAUGUUUUGACCAUAACAAUCCAGGGUUACUCCAAGCACUUUAGUCUCCUCAACUUUUCUCAAUUUCCACAUUAUUCAUUACAAGAUUUAGUUGAGGUUUAGGGUUUAGUGAAUGAUUUGUCCCAAAUACAAUGCUUUUAGUUUUUGCCACCCAUUCUGAAACUGACUGCAGCUCUUUGUUAAGUGUUGCAGUGAUUUUACUCGCUGUAGUAACUGACAUGUAUAGUGUCGAGUCAUCUGCAUACAUAGACACACAGGCUUUACUCAGAGCCAGUGGCAGGUCAUUAGUAAAGAUUGAAAAAAGUAAGGGGCCUAGACAGCCUGUGGUAGAGACUCCCUGAGCUGGACCGUCAGGAUAAAGGAGCAGCAAUCUCUGGAAGCAGGUGGUCGAAACUGUUGGUCAGCAGGAUGGGAUCCACCAAAUCCAUUUCAGCCCCAUUCACCAAAGACCACUGCCUUGCGCUUGGCUUACGGUGUGUGACGUGCCUCCACUGGAAUGCAGGAUCGAUAACUAUGGCAUCUGCCAGCUCCUCAUAAAGCGUCCUUGCCCCUUUAUUCUCCAAUGGGGGUGGGGGGUGGGCUGGGAUGGGAUGGGAGUUCGGAGUAGGAUGGGAGGCAGGUGAGAUGGUAGGGGAGAGGUGACUUCACUAGGGAGGGGUCUUUGCAGGGCAGCCCUGGCCAGUCAGUCAGAGAGUGGCAACAUGGUGGCGAGGCAGUGGCACGACGACCAGGCUGAGGAGUAGAAAAGGAAAAGCUCUUAGAGUGGGACCUAUCCAGGAUACACUGCAAUGUCUCAAUUUGCUUACUCUGGGCAUCCAGUACAGACAUAUAUUCCUCCACAUUGGAAAUUUGGCUGGCCAAUAUUAUCCUGGAAAUGUGCAAAAUAGGUUUAGGUCCUACAUGGGAUGAAACCGUAGUCUCUGAAGGUGGUUGCUGCCAGUCUGGUAAAAGUCAGACGCCAUUUUGAAGAAAUGGUUGGCUAGGAAUCAGCUAAAAGAAUCAAUCCACACAGUGUGAUAGUUAGUUAGAUUGAAUCACCACAGUAAUUGGCAGCAAGUCAGAACCAACCACAGACUAAAAACCAGUACUAGGACCCACAAUAAACACAACCAAGGCACAAAACUGGCCAACAUAAAAACAGCAAGGAGAGGAUAAGAGCAUCUGCUAAAUGAUGUAAAUGUAAAUAUAAAUGUAAUGACUUACUCAAUGCGAUGAAAUGCUGUGGCCCAUCAAAACAGCAACACCUUCCUAAUAUUCAGUUGCACCCCAUUUUGCCCUUUGGGUGGUGGAGCAUUCUUGAUACACACGGGAAACUUGACACACUCAAACCGGUGUGCAUGGCACCUACUACCAUACCCCGUUCAAAGGCAUUUAAAUAUUAUGUCUUGCCCAUUCACCCUCUGAAUGGCACACACACACAAUCCAUGUCUCAAUUGUUUCAAGGCUUAAAAAUCCUUCUUUAACCUGUCUCCUCCCCUUCAUCUACACUGAUUGAAGUGGAUUUAACAGGUGACAUCUGUAAGGGAUCAUAGCUUUCACCUAUUUCACCUGGCCAAUCUAUGUAAUGGAUAGAGCAGGUGUUCCUAAUGUUUUGUAUACUCAGUGUAUACCCAACACACAGCUUUGUGUCUAAUUCUCUCUGUGUGUUGCAGGUCAGUGCUCAGUGUGAGUGCCAGCACAACACAGCAGGUAUGAACUGUGAACGAUGUGCUGAUCUCUACAACGACCUGCCCUGGAGACCUGCAGAGGAGGGAAACACACACACCUGCAAACGUAUGGACUAAUGUCUUAAUACACUGACUACAUAUUGUUGAUCAUUUGCAUGUGUUCAGAAAUAGGAGGACUUUGCUAAAGUAGCGCACAAGCAGCAAAUAUAAGUAAUCUUCCUAUGAAGACUGAACACCCUCAGUACAGUUGCAUGUGAGUGGACUGAACAUAUACAGUCACAGAUGAGCGUGUUGAAUAUUUCCCUUGGUGUUGCCCCCUGUAGGUUGUGAGUGUAACAACCAUGCACAGCAGUGCCGUUUCGACCCAGCUGUGUAUGAGGCGAGCGGACGGAGGAGUGGGGGUGUGUGUGAGGGCUGUCUGCACCACACAACCGGGCCCAAGUGUGACCGCUGUGCCCCUGGAUUCCAACCCAACCACUGGAGCAGUAUAGACCGGCCUGACGCCUGCACACGUGAGUGAUCUUAAGACCGAGUUAAAUAAUAUAUAUGAAUCAAAUACUACUACCUUUAUUCCUCUUUCUCUCCUACUAUAGGUUUAAUCACCACCACAAUAUGCUGCAGUGUUAUCAUAUCUUUGUUGUGUUUCUGUUUUGUUUCCUGUGUUUUGUACAGGCUGCCAUUGCAGUGCAGAGGGGGCGGAGAAUGGGGGUCAAUGUGAUGAUGUCACAGGGUCGUGUCGCUGUAAGGCCAACGUUGACGGACCUAGAUGUGACCGCUGCAAGAUGGGAUACUAUGGCCUGACCGCCUCCAACCUUCUGGGCUGCACGAGUGAGUCACCUUUCACCCUUGACCAUGAACCCGUUCACAAACUCUCCCUAUUUUAUGAUUACUUACAACUGUAUUCACCAUACUGUGGGGGUGUCCAGAGUGUGUGUGUAUGUCUAUCCCCAUCUGACUCUGUGUCUGUCUUCUCCAGAGUGCUCGUGCAGUGCAGAGGGCUCCCUGUCCAGUGUGUGUGACCCUGUGAGCGGUCAGUGUCCCUGUCGACCUUAUCUCCAGGGGCUGACCUGUGACCUCUGUUCCCAUGGUUACUGGAACCCCUCCUCCCCCCGCGGCUGUGUGCCCUGUCGCUGUGACCCCACCAACUCCCAUGGUGACACCUGUGACCAGAGUACGGGUCAGUGUCUGUGCAGGUCAGGGUUCGGAGGUCGUACCUGUACAGAAUGCCCUGACAACACUUAUGGAGACCCCCUCAUUGGCUGCAGACGUAAGUGACCAGUCGUGUUCUGUCAUAGAAAGGUUCAAAGGUUCUUAGACAUGCUUUGUUCAAUGCUUUGAUCAAUUCAGUCCAAAUGGACAACUAAGUCAAACCAUUUCUUUCCUUUUCAUCUCUCCCUCCCUUUCUCCUUCUCCUCCAUCUCUCUCCUUCUCCUCCCUCUCUCCCUCUCUCUGCAGCGUGCCAGUGUGCUGCUGGGGGCAUGGUACCAGGAGGCUGUGAUAAGAAUACAGGGACAUGCCGGUGUCGUCUUGGUGUCACAGGUACCCGUUGCGAUGCCUGUACCCGUGGCCACUGUGACUCAUUUCCUGACUGUGAGGUCUGCCCCUCCUGCUUCUUCUCUCUGGACUCCUACAUCCAGAACCUCACCCUGGGCCUAGAGAGACUCUCCCCCAGAAUCCCCUCUCGUCCUGGGGGCUCGUUGCCCACUGGUCUGGGUCCCCGCAUCCAAGCUUUGGAGGCCACUCUCACCCAGAUACGUGACUCUCUCCCACUCCCACCUCCCUCUACCAGACAAGUCAACGAUGCCCUCUUUCAGCUACGCAGACUAAGGUAGGGAGAUGUUCGGCUUCCCCGGCAAACUUAGAAUGUCCAAAUAAACGUGGGCAUCAGAUUCCAUAACCUGCAAUACUUUGCUUUCAAAAGUACAUCAUUUCAUUGUCUAAAUGUAAACACCACUAGACCCGUAGGACACAGUCUUUCAUUACCUAGCUCACUAUCCCUCAUCCCCGUUGUAAUCCACCAGGGACCAGUUAGAUCAGGUGGAUGGGGAUCUGUCACCCCAAGGCAGAGGCCUCGAGCUGGGCUCACAGCUGGACGAGUUUGAGGCUCUCCUGGACGGCCUGGGUCUGCUGUACAACACCAAGAGAGACGCUCUCAGGAACUCUAUCAACUCCAACAAUGCAGGUGAGAGAGAUGCCGCUGCAGAGCUGUGAGCACCAUCCUUGUGUGACCACAAAAAGGCUCAGUGAGGAAUUUAGAAUCCAGAAUCAGAAUUAGAACCAUAUAGACUUACCAUACCAUUCUGGUUUUGUUUUGGCUCACUUAUUUAACAUUUAACAUUUUAGUCAUUUAGCAGACGCUCUUAUCCAGAGCGACUUACAUGAGCAAUUAGGGUUAAGUGCCUUGCUCAAGGGGCUGCUAACACAAUUGUUUGUCUGUCGUCUUGGUUGGUUCUCUCUCAGGGGCCUUCUCUUCUAUAAAGAAUGCCUAUGAUGAGUUCACGGAUGCGGCCAAGAGUGUGGAGGCUAGUGGGAAGACUGUGGAUCAAUCUUUAGCGGUCAGAGAGGACGCUCUUGACCUCCAGAACCAGGUCCAACCAGCCAACACCAGAGACCUGGAGAAACUCAACCAGCAGCUGAACACCAAACCUGACCUCACACCCACUGCCAAGCAGGUAACCUUAACCCCAGCCUUAACCCUUAACCCUUAACCCUAACCCUAACCCUUAACCCUUAACCCUAGCCUUAACCCUUAACCCUUAACCCUAGACCUAGACCUAACCCUAGCCUUAACCCUAGCCCUAGCAUUAACCCUUAACCCUUAACCCUAGACCUAGCCUUAACCCUUAACCCUAUACCUAGCUUGAACCCUUAACCCUUAACCCUUGCCCUUAACCCUAGACUUAGCCCUCGCCCUUAACCCUAGACUUAGCCCUAGCCUUAACCCUUAACUCUAGCCCUAACCUUAACCCUUAACCCUAGCCUUAACCCUUAACCCUUAACCCUAGCCCUUAACCCUAGCCCUUAACCCUAGACCUAGCCCUAGCCUUAACCCUAGCUUUAACCCUUAACCCUAGCCCUAGCCCUUAACCCUUAACACUCAACCCUUAACCCUAGCCCUUAACCCUAGCCCUUAACCCUAGACCUAGCCCUAGGCUUAACCCUAGCCCUAGCCCUAGCCCUAGCCUUAACCCUUAACCCUAGACGUAGCCCUAGCCUUUACCCUAACUUCACCUUAACGUGACUGUGUAUUUUUAUUCCCUGUCUCUCAGGUGUGUGGCAGUGUGCGCUCUGCCCCUUGUAACCCUGCCUGGUGUGAUGGUGAGCUUUGCCCUGCGGAGGGUGCGCCACCCUGUGGUCGUGGGGAGAGUUGCGUUGGAGCUCUGCCUCUAGGGACCCGAGCUGUGAGGGAUGCUGAGGAGGUAAAGGACAGACUGCAGCUGCUCAAUGGGAAGAUCACACAGGCUGCUGCACAGGUAGGAGCUGACACUUGUUUGUUUGUUUACUGUAUUUUAUAACAUAUAUAACUGUUUAUUGGGUUUGAAUACUUACAUGUAGGAUAUGUCCUUCAGUCAUUCAAGUGGUUUGUUUCAUCAUAUGGUGUUCAAUGCUUUUCUCCUUUCUCCAUUCAAUUCACAGAUCCAGAAAACACAGGACACAGUCAAUCUGGUCAGACAGUCCACGGAUGAUCUGGUCAAUCAGAUGAGGCGGACCAGGGAUGACUUGGAGGCAGAUCUGCAGGAGACAAGAUACUUUGUUAAAGAGCUGAAGGACUUCCUGUCAGGUGACACAUCGAUGGUUAUGUUCCAGUACCUUCAAUAACCUAUUUAUACUUUUUUACUCGUAGUAGAAGUAUUGAAGUAGUAGCAUUGCAUUUUUGUGAGUGUGUGGUUUACUGACAUUCCCUUCCUCUCUCCCUUCCCCUCUCUUCCACUCUCUCUCCCCCUCCAUCUUCCCCUCUUUCUCAUCCUCCCUCCUUCAAUCCUCCUCUCUCUCUCCCUCCUCUCCCUCCUUGUCUCCAGACCCGUCGUCAGACCCAACAGCCAUCAGUACGGCAAGUGAGUGGAUCUUGAACGCCAAGCUGCCUCUCAGUCUGGCAGCUCUGAAGAGGAAGCUUCAGGAGAUCAGAGACCUGGCGGCAGGACUCCCAGACAGCACUGCAGUCCUGGACCAGGCUGGACCACAGCUCGACACCGCCCAACGCCUGCUACAGGAGGCCCAGGAUGCCAGGUAUAACACCUUAUGACCUCUUAUGUCAGUCUUAUGACAGGGUUAUGUACUGUAAGCAUCUAUGGUUUAAGUAAAGUGUUAGUUGUAAUUGAUGUAUGAAAAUGCUGUGUGGUUUCAGAAGUCACUUUAACAUUGUUGUGACUGCUGUGAAUGUUGCAGAAAGGUUGCUGUAACAUUGUUAUAACGUUGUUGUGUGCUGUAUGACAGCGAUGCUGCGCUGGGUGUGAAGGCUGAUGUUGACGGGCUGCUGGAGGGCUUCACCACCGUGGAGGGCUCCCUCUCUGGCAUGAACGACAAAGUGCAGGACAGCCUGGACAUAGUGGAAGACAUCAGCAACAGUCUCACACAGGUGGGAGAGAGAUGAACAAGUCCAUUGAGCUAAUGUGCUCAAAUAAAUACAAUUACACUUUCAAACUAGUCUGACACUGACAUUGCUUGUAUUGCCUCCAUUUUCCAUAUCCUUCACAGCUUCUUACCUUUUUAUUCCUCUCUAAUUUUUAUCCCUCCUCUCUCCAUCCUCUUCUCUCCAUCCUCCUCUCUCCAUCCCCCCAAUAACACCCGUAUUUCAACUCCCUCCAGACCAAGGCCCAGUUGACACCCACGGUGAAGGCUCUAGGGGAGGUGUCUGCCCUGGCUGAGGGGAUGAAGCCUCAGCUGGAGGGGCUCAAGGUGCUGGUGCACUCUGGAGGUCUGCUGGCCCAGAAUGCUAAGGGAGAGGCCGAUAAGGCUAAGAAGGAGGCAGAUGCUGCGGCCAGGGUGAGUGUGUGUUAGAGUAUCUGUGUGUGUGCUACUGUUUAUGUGUGUGUGUAUGUGUAUGUCAAUCAAGGCUGCUGACGGGAGGACGGCUCAUAAUAAUGACUGGAACGGAGCGUGUUUGAUAUAUUUGAUACCAUUCCACUCAUUCGGCUCCAGCCAUUACCACGAGCCCGUCCUCCCCAAUUAAGGUGCCACCAACCUCCUGUGGUGUAUGUGUGUGUUUGUGUGUGUGUGUGUGUGUGUGUGUGUGUGUGUGUGUGCGUCCAUGUGUUUGCCCGUGUCUGUGUCUGUAUGUGUGUCUCUGUCUGUAUGUAUGUGUGUGUGUGUUUGUGUGUGUGUGUGCGUCCAUGUGUUUGCCCGUGUCUGUGUCUGUAUGUGUGUCUCUGUCUGUAUGUGUGUGUGUGUGUGCUGAACUGCCUGUCUCUUUGCUUAUGUGUUUGUAGGACCUGGCAUCCCUGGAGAAGCAGCUGGAGAAGCUGCGUGCUGCAGAGAGGACCAGUGGUCAUGGCGAUGGGACGGGGGCAGCAGGUGAGCGUCUCCAGAAGCUGCAGGAGGAGGCUGGUUCUCUGGCCCAGGACACUGGAGACAUGAUGAAGUCACUAGCAGGUACGGAUGGAGGAUAGCGAGGGGACACACACACACCUGGCAUCAUGACUGUUUUCACAAUCCAUCCAGUAUGCGGGCAUAUAUGCAUUUGUGGAACAUUGACUAAGGGCUCGAUUCAAUCCAUAUCGCUGAAGUUCAGCGUUAUGGCGAGAUUGAAAUGAUUUAAUGGUAAUUUCCGAUUGAGCCGACAUAUGCUAGUCUGGCUAACACCUAACUCUUGUCUGGAAUGGCUCUUUGAUGUUGUUGGCACAAUGUGUCGAUGAUGAAGGGGGCUGUGCUUUUACUGGUUGGCUCUCCUCUGUGUCUUUCUCACUCAAACACCCACAGCUACACACAGCCUCAGAGCGCCGCCCCCUUCCAUUACAACGGUUGGAUUUUCAAAUCCCAAAAAUUACAUUUAAGAGAACCAAUCAAACCCAUCACACAAUUUCUGAGUGAAUAUUGCAUUAACGAACGGCCUCCUUUCCUGCGCUGUGAGUCACGUGGGUCGCGUCAGCCAGGCUAGACAUAUGCAUCGUUUACCGUGAAUGCAGUCUCCGCUAACGCGGGAACAUUGCCUUUAAAUGUCAAACUUCAGAACUAUGGAUUGAAUCGAGCACUAAAGGCACUGAAUGCUGUGAUGAUGAGGAUCUCUGGCUUUUAUAUAUAUAUUUGACGUGAUGAAUUUGCACCAUAUCAAAAUAAAAAAAACAUUCCCCUCUCUUCCUGUUCCUCCUCCUGCUCUCCUCCCCCUCUCUCUCCUGCUCUCCUCCCCCUCUCUCUCCUACUCUCCUCCCCCUCUCCUCCUCACUCUCCUCCCCCUCUCACCUGCUCUCCUCCCCCUCUCCCUCCUACUCUCCUCCCCCUCUCCUCCUCGCUCUCCUCCCCCUCUCACCUGCUCUCCUCCCCCUCUCUCUCCUGCUCUCCUCCCCCUCUCUCUCCUCGCUCUCCCUCCCCCUCUAUCUUCAGGUAAAGCAGACUCUCUGCGUAGACUACAGGAUGAGGUCCUACUGAAGUCCCAGAGGCUGACCGGUCUGGACGGCAAACUGCGGGACCUCCUGGCUGACAUGAGACAGAAGGUCAAGAUCCUCUCCACCUGCCAGGGCUGAGAGGUAAAAGGGCAGAGGUCAUCCUCAAAUAGCCUGUUCAUUGAGAUAGAGGAGCGAUGUAAUUUAUUUUGUCCCAUUUUUUAGAAAACAAUGUCCCAAUAAAG